AUGUUGAGAGACUUACUUUUGGAAGGUCUGUUUUGUAGUAAUCGCUUUUGUGGUCUUUUUCGUAUUAAAUCAUACUGUGCCGAUCGGCGAUUUCGACUACCGACAAUGAGUCGAACAUUCAUUGCUGGUAUUUUAACUACAUCAGUUUAUCAUAAAACAACNGCAAGAGGACAUGGAGAAGGAAGAGAAUUAAAUCAACUCGGUUAUCCUCAAGGAAUUUUUAUUAGUGAAAAACAAAAUAUUUUUAUAGCUGAUUGGAGAAAUCAUCGAAUUGUUGAAUGGAAAUUAAAUGAAGAGAAAGGAAAAAUUAUUGCAGGUGGAAGUGGUUGGGAAACAAUAAUAUAUUCAUUGAAUAGACCAACAGAUGUAAUUGUUGAUGAAGAGAAUCGUUCAUUGAUCGUUGCUGAUCAAGGGAGUCGACGAGUGAUUCGAUGGUGGUUUGAUCAGAGUUCAGGAAUCAGUCGAUUUAUUCCUUGGUUCAAUCAAAAUCGACAAGAAAUUGUCAUUGAGGAUAUUUGGUGUUAUGGUAUAGCAAAAGAUAAAUUUGGAUUUCUUUAUGUUUCUAAUGAACUGAAGAAUGAAGUGAGAAGAUGGAAAAUCGAAGAAACAAAAGAAAAAGAAGGAACAUUAGUUGCUGGUGGAAAUGGAUGUGGAAAUGAACAUUAUCAAUUGCAUCAUCCUUCUUUUAUCUUUGUUGAUGAUGAACAAUCAAUUUAUAUUUCAGAUCGUUUGAAUCAUCGUGUAAUGAAAUGGAGAAAAGAUGUGAAAGUAGGAGUUGUCGUUGCUGGUGGAAAUGGUAAAGGAAAUAAGCUCAAUCAAUUGAAUUAUCCUCAGGGAAUACUUGUUAAAGAUUUUGGUCAAAUUUAUGUUGCAGAUUGUUAUAAUCAUCGAAUAAUGCGUUGGUGUGAAGGAAAAGAAGAAGGUGAAAUUGUUGUUGGUGGAAAUGAAGAAAGAGAAGAAUUAAAUCAGUUGUCUUUUCCUCGUGGUUUAUCAUUCGAUGUUAAGGGAAAUCUUUAUGUUGCUGAUAAGCGAAAUCAUCGAAUCGCAAGAUUUGAUUUAAUUUUAUAG